UGCUGUAUAGAUAUCUUAUUGUAGGUGUGGGCUACUGGAAUGGCCACAAAAUUCGAUCAAUGGCGGCAGUGUGCUAGCCGUGGCUAUAUGGGCCAUGUCAAGCGAGUCCUCGUGCUCGGGUACGCUGGGCGCCUACUCGCAAUUAUUGACUGCGUCGGGUAUUCUAUGGAGGAGAGCAGUCUCCAAUGCGACCUUGUGUAGUAGGUCACUGCCCUUAGUCACGGGGUCAUAACACAGCAGCAGCAGCAACAGCAGCAGCUCCAGCAUCUCGCCAUCCGCCUGACAACUCACAUACCAGAACAAGCACCGCGAGCGACAGUCGAGAGGCGCGCAUAUCAUGGCAAGCAACUCCCCCAGAGUCGAAGGCCACGAGCCUUCGCUCUCCUUCGAAGGAGCGGGCAACGCCCAGGUGUCAGACGCCACCGAUGAUCGAAAAACCAUUCCACUACCCACCCCAAACACAUGGCUCACGCAACAGCUCCCCGAACAUUACUCGCUAGAUCUUGAAACCCAGUCAUAUCAAAGUCUUCACAAUGCGGGUUUCUUUUGGGGGGAUGAUCAGAUCGCCACAUACCCAUCGCUGACCGCGUCACCGGACAUGCCCACCACCAACACUCUUCCAUACCCACCAACACAGACACACCCUCUGUACCACACGCACGAGCUACCCGUGGGUGGACACAAGUUUACGACAAGCGACACGUCUGCAACAACUUAUCAAGCUCAUCCCGGGAUGCGUACGUUGACUCCAGGAAACGUCGCAGAGAGCGGCCUCGAAGAAAGGCCGCUCCAAUCCCCCAUGUUCAGCCAGCGCAAUAUCACAGGGCUGCGCACGGCUCAGAGCGCGGUGGACAUGACCAACGUCGCUCCAUCCAGCUGGCCCCACGGUAGCGGCAGCCUUCCGUCGGAAGAAAUGCACCGCACAGAAAACCCUGUCGACGAGAGUCCUUCCGGCAGUGAAGCUGGUGAUGACAGCCCAGGAGACGUGAAGCUCAAGGUCAGCCGAGAGAAGAAUCGCAUCGCGGCGGCAAAGACGCGUCGGAAAAAGAAAACCAAAGCCAAAGAAAUUGAGGAACACGCGCAACAGAUUGAACAAACCAAUGUGCGACUACACCAGGAACUGCGCACGCUCCGCGAUACCUUUUCCACGCUCCGCUAUUGUGCGUUGUCGCACGAUCCUACGGCGGGGUGUACAUGCGUGGGCAUUCAUCAGUACAACGCACACAUGGCCAAAGAGGUUGCGAAGGAAGUCGCCAAGAAACUUUAGAAUGGCUCAGAUAGGUGUGUUUCGAGGGGGAUUGACUGGUGUUGUGAAAAGCGACCCUUUUCCCACCAAUCUCCCUAGGGAACAGAAGAAGCAGAAGAAGAGACAACACCCACGAUAAUACGAAGUCACGAGUACCAUGAUGAAAGGCUGGUUGGUUGGUUGGAGAUGGACUUGGCCGCGCCCCCGCGAUGAUAUGGGUGUGGGUACGGGUAGGUAUGGGUAUGGUAUGCGGAAGGAAGGGAGGGAG